ACCAUACAUUGAAAGCUCAUGAUUCCAUCCUCAGACUAUACCACCUGGAGUUGACAGCAGAAAACUUAACUCACCAAUACUUGGAGAGACUUACUAUCCUCAUUUCCCCUAAACUAUGCACCCACCACCUGUGUCGAUUGGCCUUGCCGGGUUGUAGCUGAUCGUUGCCUGAGGCGUGCGGGGAUGCACCUCUACAGAAAACAGUUGUAAAUCCCCAGAACCUUGUCCAUCGUCUUUCCCUCGCGUCACGAUGACCUUGAUCUCAGGUCAACUCUAAUUAUCUUAUCUGCAGCCAUAUUAACAUCUGACACGAAAUCUCACCCGAAAUCAGCUCCGCAUUUCCUUGUCUCUGCUGUUCUCAAACCACUUGCGCAGAGGGGGCCGUCAGAGAAAAUUGCUCAGAAUGGCCCGAAUCAAAUUUACCGGGCCUGUGUCGACGGUCCAACUACAGCCAACUCCUAUUCUCCAAAGCCUCAUGUCAAAAGGUGACGUCUCUGCCCAGACUGAAAGGCAGGCGGAAGUGGAGAAUAUCUCGAGAUCGAUAGUUGAAGAAAGCACAGCUUUGAAACAGCAGCAAAGCCUUGAAUUGGUACAAAUCAUGCUGCACGUCUCGCUCGGGACGUUGUUCUAUCUCCGCGAGUUUCUACCGCUCCCGUGCUUCGACGAUCGAGAUCUGAAAGAGGCUCAGAGGGAAAACGCUUCAUCAUACAGAGAGUUUAUAGAUGGAAAACCGCGCCCCGGAGGAACCGGAGCUCUUUCACAAGUCCCCUUCGGGACCGGGAGGAGGGGACAACCACUGAAAAUUAUCGUCCGAGAUUCCGACCCCAAGGCCAAUAUGAUACUCGAUGUCCUGGAAAACGGCAUAUUCGAUGCGCUCAAGAGAAAUGUCCUCGGUGCUAUUCAAUUCACCAUUCUUGUUGACAAAGACAAGCCAGAAAAUGUCUUGGAGACCUAUACUUUUACUUUCAAAUACUCGAAAGGUUCUGGCGGUGUGAACAGUCGCCUUGAGAGUCUGUCGAUCAAUCCUGUGGGCUGUGUCGCCGAUUUGAAGUCUGCUCAAAUGGCCAGAGUCGGUCUAGAGACGAUAGUUCGAAGACUGAUUACACUCAGUACCUUCCUACCGAACCUUCCAAAUAAAAGGAAUCUGGGAAUCCAUUUAUUCUAUACCGAUGACUGUCCCCCGGAGUACGAGCCUCCCGGGUUCACCGGCGCGAUGAAUGAUGUGAUCAAAUACCCACUUAAUGAGAACUGGAGAAAGGAAACCCAGUCUUGCGGAGCAAUGAAUAGCGGAUGUCAUACGGUGGGACUAAAAGUGACGUCCCUCAAAUGGACCGGACCCGACCCAGAGGGAUCGGAAAUUGUACCGAAGGUGCCCAUGGACCUCGAAUAUAGAGAUGUGGUGCACCGAUCUAAGGACAUUGGACUUGCCGAGGAGAUAAUUAACGAGGAUGACUUGAAAAUCCGAUCGGUUCGUUCCACCGAUAUGUCUCAGGAAGCAACCCAAGAUAUCACUGAAAGAGAGAAGUUGCAGAUGAUGAUUUCUACGCAGAGGACAUCCCCUCUGCCGGACAGCGAACUCGUUCCAACCCAACCGAUCAAUCCCAGACCCGCAGUUGACCAAGUCAAUAAAGGAGACGCGCAUCCAGGCCACGGGACUUUACUGUCACAGAAAAAAGUUGCCGAGAUUCAGAAGCAUGUUGGGCCACGAGAUAGGACUCUCGGCGAGGGCAACGAGAAUCAGCAAAGCGUUCGAUGUCAAUGCGGAUGGGAUGGAGAGGAAUCGGAAAUGAUUGAGUGUGUUUUCUGCCAUUCACGUCAGCAUGCGGCAUGCUACGGAUUUGACAGCUCGGACGAUCCCAGAAUUCCUGAUGUCCAUGCGUGCUACCAGUGCCUACUUGAGCCCAAUGAGGUCCGGUUACUGAGCGAGAUGACCAGUCUGGUGCUUUUGAGACGAGCCCUUAGGAUCAUUAUGGAUGAAGGCUAUCCAAGUCACACUUCAUUAUUUACUCAAAAACUCCACUGCAAUGGGCAAACUAUUAUUCAGAUUACCGAUAUACUGAAAAAACAAAACAUCCUUCAGCCGACUCCCGGUUACAAACAAAAGGGAUUCCUGAGGAAAGGCUUGCCAAAAUUCAAGAUCUCGCCCUCGAAAGAAAUCCAGCAGAAGAUGAAAGAAGAAAUACUCAACCCAAUGGCAAAGAUUGGGCACCACUAUGUUCUACCUGGCUCCUCGGCGGGGCCCGCUUCUCGAGAUCAGGCUCCCGUUAUAAGAGCAAAUGUGGGAAUAGACCAGGAAACUCCGAAACGAGCAGAGUCUCUCGGCAAACCGGCGGAGGAAAACAGUGCGCGCAAGAGAAAGCAAUUGCCGCAGAGCUACGAAAAUGAUGACGACUCCGAUGACCUUGACAGGAACAGCAAUCAGCCACCGACCCAGGCACAAGCCAUUGAUAGCCACCUCGGCGGAACUCACGAGUUAAAAGACACUCCUCUUGAUAACUCAAUGACUUCCCAGAAGGAAGGGCUUGAUAGCCCAUCGAGCAGCGAGGGCGCACUUCGACGUAGCAGCAGGAAAAGACGCAAAAUCAGCAAUUACUCUCGGCUGAUUGAUAUCGGCGCUGCAACGAGCGAGGAUGAACGGGUGCUUUGAAAUAGGUCUUGAUAUCUUCUUAUUCUGUACGGUUUUGUGCAACGGGUGCUUGACCAAAAUCAAGCCGGCGAGUAAAGAAUUAUGAGUGCCCAAAGUCAGUUCCGAAGCUCUCAGCUCCGCAGGAUUCGGUCUGGAAGCAACUGGCCGUGCUGAUGUUUCUCAUUCCUUACGUGCACGCAGAGCUCCUGGCCUAAGCGUCACCCCUAGCCUUGUGGCCUCGAAUCCCUCGAUUCACAGAGGAAGGGGCUCAGUAAGGGUGACAUAAAAGAGCAAGAGGAAACAGGAAAGAAGUGAAAAUGAAGAACUGCAAGAGUCGGGGUCUAACUCAACGAUGUUUUGUGCGAAUGAUUGACAUGAUAGAUGUACUAGUAUCGAACCUUUAAUCACAGCUUCUAAUAAUUGAUAGCUUGAGUAGCCA